UGACGUAUGGUUUUUUCCCGACAGCCGCACAAAAACGGGCGUACCCUUUUAUCGCGCGAGUGCUUUCUUCUGGCGUGCGAAAUGACACACGCUGUGUGGUUUGCUGUGAAAGUUCUGUGAAAAAAUAAGCAUUUUCCCUGCAUGCCCCGUGCAAUUUAGCCCGCUGGCUCUAGUGUUGCUGCAGCAGCUGUUAUUUGUGAGAGUGUUUUCAUUGAAGCGUUACGAGACGAAAGUGAAGCAAAGCAACGGUGGUAGGCGGGUUUUCCCCGGAAAAAAGGGGAGAAAGAAAGGAUAACGUGUGUGCCGACUAUUUUGUAACGUCAAAGCGAAUCUUCGUGCUUAGCAGAACGAGUGAGUGUGUGUGAGUUUGUUGGUCCAGGUGGGUGUUUGCCUGUGUUUAUGUGCUUGGAUACCCGUUCAAGAGGAGUUCCCUCAUCAAACGUCCGCGUGCGUUAGUAGUGGGUACCGUUUGAGUGCGUGUGUGUGUGUGAAGGUAUAUACACGCGGGCAUAUUUUUCGUUUCAAGGAAGCUGUGUGUUUAGUGGCAGUCCUUUUGCAAGCGUUGAUUUGCCGUAGUGCUUUUACUUAAAAGUUAAAGUGUGAGUGUGCAUGCAUGUGUGCCUGUGUUUGAUGCAACACGGCAAAGUGGAGCAGUGUGAAGUGGUGCAUUACGCUAAAUCAUAGAGCAAAAGGAUGUGCCACCGGUUGAGCUAAGGGUAAGCCAAGAGAAGCGAAAGCAUACAGUGUGUGCACAGCAUUUCAAGUUGUCUCGCUUACACCGUGCUGUUGUUCUUUAGUGUGGCAAAAAAAGUACCGGGUGGUAAAACGCCUAUUUUACCUCGUGAAGCUACCAGCAGGAAAGGAAGUAUGCGUCGGCAAACAAGCUCGUAGCAGAGUCAAGCGGGUGUGAAACUGACCCGCGAAAAAUUACUUUCAUCAGGUACUUCAUGUCGUUUUCCGGAGAAGAAAAUUUAGUGGCGCAAUACGCUGCAGAUUUUUCGUCAAUCUACACGACCAACGAUUGUCCGGGCUCGGAAUUCGUAUAUUUAAACAAGAUCGUCAUCAUACAUUUUUAAUUGGCGGUUGAAAAACGACAAAAAAUCUAGUGAUGCAAAAUUAAAGACAUUGCGCAGGAGCCACAGAAGAAGCGCUGGCGCGUUUGACGGUGAGUGAUAAAAUACGCAACGCAGAUCCCGAAAACUGGCGGUGACCAGCUGUGCAUGAAUUUUAUUCUCCUCGCCGAGUGGCAUCGUUUAAGUCAACACACAUAUGCACACAGAAAAUUGAGAUCAAACUAUACGAAGUGUAAGAUAAGCUGAUAUUAUAAAUUGCCGAUGACUUAAGAGCACUUUACAGUGAACGCCACAUUACUAAGGCAAGUGUGAUGCUGAAACUACUUCAAAUCAUCGUUAAAUGAUUAAACCGUGCUGACAGUUAAGUGAUGCCAGUGGACAGUGGUGCCACAGGCUCUGGUGAUUGGAAGUGCAGAAAAAUAUCGGCAAGUCAAGAGUGUAUAAAAAAUUGAUGAAACUAUCUGGUGCAUUUGGAAGCAAACACGAUCAAACUCCGCAAGAAAAGCAAACUAAUACGACGCGCUGGACGAAAGACAACAGGUCCUUCUUUUUAUGCUGCAUCCAGACGAUCCAUUACUAGACGAUCCCAAUGAAUGUGGUUGGAUUGCUGCAAAUAAUAAUAGUUACUAAAUUCAUCAAAACAGGUAUUGCCGACAAGAACGACUACCCACUCUAUUUCGAGAAAGUUAUCUAUGAGGCGGACAUCGACGAGAAUGUGGAAAUCAAUCACAACUUUCUUAACGUCACCGCAAAGACGCACGGUGAGGCGUCCGGUGUACGAUACAAGAUCUCGAGCGGUAACGUAGGCAAUGUGUUUGCGAUACGCAACACAACCGGCGCCCUGUACGUAGCCAAGGCGUUGGAUUAUGAGAAGAUCAAAAAGUAUGAGCUACGGUUGACGGCCUCGGAUAAUUUUAAGGAGAACUACACCACCGUUCUGAUCAACGUACGCGAUGUAAACGACAAUCCGCCGGUGUUUGAGAAAUCGUCAUAUCGUACACAAAUCACCGAGGAAGACGACCGAGGCUUGCCAAAGCGUGUGCUGCGGGUUACCGCCUCGGAUGCCGAUGUGGAGCGACCAAACAACAUUAUCUACUUUCUGACCGGGCCCGGUAUUGACAUCGAAAAUCCCUCCGACAGCAACUUUGACAUCAACAAGGCCACGGGGGAAAUAUUUGUGCUUAAGCCCCUAAACCGAGAUCCACCACACGGACGAGCGUCUUGGAAGUUUACCGUCUUUGCACAGGACGAAGGGGGCGAGGGUUUAGUGGGCUUUACCGAGGUGCAGAUCAACCUGAAAGACGUCAACGACAAUGCGCCCCAGUUCCCGAACGGGAUUGCGUAUGGAAAUGUGACCGAAAAUGGCACCAUCGGUAUGCACGUGAUGACAAUAAAGGCCGAAGACUAUGACGACAUCAACGAAGGAACUAACGCAAAGGUGAUUUACUCGAUCGAGAAGAACGCUAUCGAGGAGGAUACUGGUUUGCCGAUCUUCGACAUCAAUCCGGACACGGGACUCAUCACGACGGCGGUAUGCUGUCUCGAUCGGGAGAAGACGCCCGACUACUCGCUGCAGAUAGUGGCCACCGAUGGCGGAGGUUUGAAGGGUACGGGGACAGCUUCCAUCAAGGUGAAGGAUCUGAAUGAUAUGCCACCUCGGUUCACCAAGGACGAGUGGUUCGUCGAGGUGGAGGAAACCGACGGUAGUGUGCUGCCCGAGGCACCGAUACUGACCGUGACGGUGAAUGACGAUGAUGAGAUAAACAAUUUCCAGUAUAAAAUCAUUGAAAGCAGUGGUUACGGGGCGGAUAAGUUCGCGAUGGUAAAGAACGCGGACGGUACGGGAAGCUUGAAGGUGGUCCAACCGCUAGACUACGAGGAUCCGAUGCAGAUUAAUGGCUUCCGCUUUCGGAUACAAGUGAUCGAUAACGAUGGGAUCGAUGAGAGCGACAAGUACCACGUUGACCAUUCGUGGGUGAUUGUGAAGCUGAAGGACAUUAACGAUAAUACGCCUCGCUUCAAGAAACCGCACAUCGAGGCGGCUGUGUACGAAAACGCGGACGUGGGCAAAAAUUUGGGCACCUUCAAAGCGGUCGACAUUGACAAGGGUGGUAAGAGCAAAAUUACCUACAGCAUUAACCGUGCUACGGACCGAAAGCGCCAGUUUGCCAUCGACCAGGAAGGUACGGUGACGAUUCAGCGCGAGUUGGAUCGGGAGGCAAUGGCGAAACACUCGCUCGAGAUCCUGGCCACCGAUGACGGUGUACCGCCGCGCACGGCCUCCGCCAUCUUGACCGUGCUGGUGAAGGACAUCAACGACAAUGCGCCGGUAUUCGCGGAAGAUUAUCGGCCCAUUCUGUUGGAAAACUCACCGCCGUCGAAGAUUAUCGAAAUCUCCGCCGUUGACAAGGAUGACCGACUGAAGGGCAACGGGGCACCGUUCCAGUUCCGCAUGGACCCGGACGCAGACGAUGUGAUUCGAACGUCCUUCAAGGUGGAGCAGAGUAACAAGGGUGACGGUAUGGCGAUCAUUUCAUCGCUCGGCUCGUUCGAUCGCGAGUACCGCAAGCAGUACACCAUUCCGAUCGUUAUCAAGGACUCGGGCACGCCACCGCAAACCGGCACCAGCACGCUAACGAUCACGAUCGGUGAUCUGAACGAUAACAUCAUGCAGCCCGGCUCCAAGGAGGUGAUCGUGUACAACUACCAAGGCCAGGCGCCGGACACACCGAUCGGGCGUGUGUUCGUUAACGAUCUCGACGAUUGGGACACCUCGGACAAGCUGUUCUAUUGGGAUGAGGCCGAGAAUCCACGCUUCAAGCUAGACGACACAUCCGGCAUGGUGACGAUGCGGCGCGGUGCUCGCGAGGGACGCUACAAGCUGCGUUUUAAGAUCUACGACCGCAAGCACGCACAGCAAUCGUACGCGAACAUGUCGGUGGUGGUGAAGCACAUAUCCUACGAGGCGAUCGUCAACUCCGGCUCGAUCCGGCUGACCGGCAUUACGGAUGAGGACUUUAUACGCAUCUGGAACUAUCGCACCCAGAACAUCUUCCGCAGCAAGCUGGAGCGGUUCCGGGACAAGCUGGCGGAGCUGCUGAACGUGGACGUGAAGAAUGUGGACGUGUUCAGUGUGCAGAUGAAGGACCGGUCGGUGCCGCUGACCGAUGUGCGGUUCGCCGUGCACGGCGCGUACUUCUACAAGGCGGUGCAGCUGAACGGUGUGAUACUGCUGCACAAGGAGGAAAUCGAGCAGGAGGUGGGCAUCAACAUUACGAUGGUGAACGUGGACGAGUGUCUGCUGGAGAAUGCGGACUGUGCCGGGUCGUGCACCAGCAUCAUCGAGGUUCAAACGAACCCUUGCCUGGUGAAUGCGAACAAAACCGCCCUGGUUGGGGUGCAGAUUAACUCCACGGCGGAGUGUGUGUGCAGCUCGCGAGAGUAUAAGCAGCAGCAGACCUGCAAAUCCCAUCCCUGUCUGAACGGUGGUCGCUGCACCGAUUCCAAGUCGGGUAUCAAGUGCUCGUGUCCACCAGGCUACACGGGGCCCCGCUGUCAGCAGGUCGUACGUAGCUUCCGCGGCAGUGGCUGGGCCUGGUACCCACCGCUCGACAUGUGCGACAAGUCGCACAUUAGCGUCGAGAUCAUCACAACGAAACCGGAUGGUUUAAUUUUCUACAACGGACCUAUCACUCCACCCAAAGAGGACGACACGUCUAAGCAGCUGUCCGACUUUAUUGCACUCGAGCUGGAGCAAGGAUAUCCCCGGUUUCUCAUCGACUACGGAUCGGGUACGCUAGAGUUACGCAUUGCGACCAAACAUCCGCUCAACGAUGGCGAAUGGCACCGGAUCGAUCUGUUCUGGGACACUGAGCAGGUGAAGAUGGUGGUCGAUUUCUGCAAGACGGCAGAAAUCACCGAAGCUGACGACGGCAACCUGGUCGAAUUUGUCGACCACACCUGCCAGGCGCUGGGCAAGGUGCCGCAGUUCAACGAAUAUCUGAAUCUCAACACGCCGCUCCAGAUUGGCGGUGUGUUUAGGGACAAGUUUGACUACACGUACAGUCGCUGGCAGUACAUGCCGGUGGGGGUCGGUUUCGAAGGAUGCAUUCGCGAGUUUAAGCACAACGGAAUUCUGUACGACCUGUCACACCCGGGACUGUCUAAGGGUAGUGCGCCCGGGUGUUUGUACACGCAGGAGGUGUGCGAUCUGAAUCCGCAGGUCGCUCGGUGUCUCGAGCAUGGCAAGUGUGUCGGUAGCUAUGACGAGGCCAAGUGUGAAUGCAAUCCCGGUUGGACGGGUACGUACUGCAGCUUGCCCACCACUCCAACCACGUUCAAGACGCACAGUUACGUGAAGUACGCGCUCAGCUUCGAGCCGGAUAAGUUCACGACGCAGAUUCAGCUGCGGUUUCGCACGCGCGAAACGUACGGCGAGCUGUUCCGUAUCAGCGAUCAGCAUAUGCGCGAGUACGGCAUCAUUGAGCUGAAGGGCGCCAAGGUGUACUUCCGGUACAGCUUAAACACGGGCCAGGUAGAGGAGCAGGAGGUAGCGUUGACGGCGGUCGAAGUAGAUGACGGUCAGUGGCACGUGGUGAAGGUGCAACGGUACGGCUCGGCGGCCAUCCUAGAGCUGGACGGAGGUGAGGGUGCCAACUUCAACCAGAGCUUCUCGUUCGACGGACAUCAGUGGUUGUCGGUGGACAAGCAGGAGGGUGUGUAUGCGGGUGGCAAGCCGGAGUUCACUGGCGUCAAGACGUACGAUGUCAAAUCGGACUAUCAGAAGAGUUGCAUCGACGAUAUAAGAUUGGAUGGUAAAAGCUUGCCACUUCCGCCAGCCACCAACGGUACACAGUGGGGUCAGGCCACGAUGGCCAAGAACAUCGACCGCUACUGUUCCUCCAACAAUCCUUGCCAGAACGCGUACUGUCCGGAUCCGUUCGAGUGUGUCGACCUGUGGAACAAGUACGAGUGCGCAUGUGGCGAUGGUAUGAUCAUCUCACCAGAAGGCAAGACCUGCAUCGACCGGAACGAGUGUCUAGACUAUCCUUGUCUAAAUGGAGGCACAUGCAUCAACCAGGAGCCGCGCCUGAAGUACAAGUGCAUCUGUCCGGACUCGUACUGGGGCGAGAGUUGUGAGUUUCUGAAAGAACGACAAGCGCUUAAAUUCAGCACCAGUGCCUUGGCCGCCGUAAUAGCCUGCCUAUUACUGAUCAUUAUUUUGCUGUUUGUUUAUUUUUCCUGCUCCCGGCGUCGUUCGGCUAACUUCAACAAGAAGCCGGCCACCAAGGACGACAUCCGCGAGAACAUCAUCAACUACUGCGACGAGGGUGGCGGCGAGAACGACAUGACCGCGUUCGACAUGAAGACGCUCAAGAUUCCGAUCGGUCCGCUGCCAGAGCUCGUUCAACAUAAGGCACCGCCAGUACGUCCAGAUAUUGCCGUCGUGUCCGACCAGGUCGUCGGCAAGGUGGACGUGUUCCUGGACGACCGGAAACGACGCGUCGACAUCGACCCUGCCUCCGGGCCAUUCGACGAUCUGCGUAACUACGCCUACGAAGGUUGUGGGAGUACCUCUGGCUCGCUAAGUUCCUUACAGUCAGGUACAGACGAUGAACCCCAUGAGUAUAGCUUUUUAACCACAUGGGGUCCCCGUUUCGAUAAGUUAGUCAAUAUUUACGAACCAAGCAAAGCGCAGAUCGAAGAUGACGAUGUUAGUUAAGAGUAGCUGUAUCUGUCGCAGGUGCUGUAGGUCUCUUGUUCCCGAGGUCGACGUUUGUGCGCGCUCGUUCAGUUUAGCAUGGCAUACCGUCAGACAAAGCUGAAUGAUGUGCACGGACCUGUAGAUAAAUCUGUGCGUUCAUAACCCCAAGAAGAAAAAAAACAUAGUCGUAGCAUAUGAAAAAAAUGGGAUUUUCUCACCAGUAUGCGGGCGAAACGGUAGAUAUUCUUUGUAAAAUAGUCACUCAAAUCCCUACACACAUAUAAAUCUCCGUUUACGCUGCGGACAUGAUCGUUCGAGCCGACGCGAAAAUGUAGCAUUGCACUUUAACACUGCAUCUGUUUGCAGGAAAAUGAGAAGUUGCGAAAGUGAUGAAAGUGCAUAGGUGCAAAGCAAAUUUAAAUCGAUUUUAUUAACUUCCAAAAAAGGUGCAGUAAGGCUACAAACAGACAAACGAUACAACGCGCAGGGUUGAAUUGCUCAGAAAACGAGAGCAUUAAAUGCUCGCUAUAGUUGGGUAAAGGACAUGGAGCAUCUAUACCAGUUAUGUAACUAUACCGGUUAUGGUGAACCGGUAUGCUGUAAAUAAUACAUGUAAAAAUCAAGUCUACAACCUACAUGUCUCGUACAGACACGAACUAAUCUCAUGCCACUGACGACACUGUAAAAACAGUAAAUAGUUCUUUUUGAAAGGACAAGCAAAAGAAACGAGUUGAAACGAGCAGAAAAUCUCUGAUUGGGCACUAGAAAAUGGGUUACUAGCUAAUGGGGUCAAAAGGGUGAAUAGAUUUUCUUUUUUAUAAAAAAAUAACAUAUUUUUAUCAUCCAUUUGCAAAAUGUGUACACGUGUUCCUUGGGAAGGUUAACGAAGCGAUAAUGCCAUGUUGGUAAACGCAUCGCCAAAGUGAUCGAUAGACGUUGAUACUGUGAAAGGAAGCCCACGCUGUAACUGUAAGAUGAAGCCCAUCCAUCAAAUCGUUAACGUUGUGUGAAUUAUUUUUUUAACUGUUGAUUUUUUCGUUAUUGCAAUUGAAUAAACGAUACGAUAGUGAGAGACAAAAACUCUGCUCAAUAGAAAAAGUCCCAAGUAACCUUGACUAGGUAAAAUGCCGUACAUUCCAUAAUUGUUAAUUUGUAUGAUGAACUCGCCGCUUAGCUUAACGGGCGAGGGGUGGGUAAACACCCACCCGGAAAAUUACAAAACAAAAUCCCACGAAAAUCAAAGCAGAAACAAAUAAUCAAACGAAUCAACAAGCGCACAACAAACUCUUCCGCCGUGGACCGAAAGUGGACAAACAUUUACGAACAAAACUCAAAACUUAAUCAACAAAGCCGAUGGAAGAAACAAAAGGCCGAUAACAAAGGCUUAACUGGUACAGGUUACAAAGCAAACACGAACUCACCGUUCUCCAAAACUGUCGGACGUCCUGCUCGUUUGACCGGAACGAAAACUUUUAUGACGAUUGAAAGCAAGAACAUCGACAAAACCAACCGCACAAGAAAACGUAGUUUGGCCAAUCUUCGAUAUUGUUCGGGUCGCUUUUUGAUUCUUUCCUUUUUUCGGCUAUGUUUCAAGAAGAAAUAAACUUGUAGUCACAUCAUGCUUCAGUAGACCGCUUGGUGUAUUCGAUUGAGCGUUUGCUAUCACUUGCGUUGCUGGGUUUCAUAUUCGAAGCCAAAGUCUCUUUAAACAUACUCUACCGUUUGUUGAGAAUCUUCACAACUAUGGAAUGCUUUGCUUUUUGUGCAAAGGAUUGAUUUAAAAUCAUCUGUUAUCGGAAUGAUCAAUAAAAAAAAGUUGCAUUUUGUAACGGCAAAACAAAUGAAGCCAUUAAGUUGCGCAAAGCAAAGAGUUACUUGUGUUUUCAAUCAAUUACGAUGAUUAUUUCUAUUACUCGAAUCGAUGAUGCGGUAAAUCAGAUGCAGAGUAAAGAUGACAAAGAAGGAAAAGGGACGGGAAGAAAAGCAGGGCAUUUUUGAAGUGGAUCAAAAGAGCGUUCGUUUCGGUGCUGCAGUUGAGCUUUAUCAGGGAGCUUCUGUUUGCCAAUUUGGGAAACGUUUAUUGAACAAACGUGCUGCACGACACAACUUCUAUCGUAGCAAUGACAUAACGUUAGUAAAGUGCCGUUUGCAGCAUUUUCCUUCGCUCAGCAAUCCUAUGCCUCUCGAAGCUGGAACUGCAUCCCGAUUGUAUAGCGGAGUUUCGCUGAACAAAUAGCACACAAAAAGGAUGGUGGAUAAUGUUUAGUACGCCAUUAAAUGGAGUUCCUUUCGAUAUUGACUUCUUUGUUCUUCUUUGUUCCAUUUGAGUACGUAUUUACAUAUUUUAUAAGAUUAUCGGACACACAACGGAUCACCGCAGUUGUGUCGAUUUGCAACACAAUUGAGGUAGCACGAUGGGUGGAAGGAAUAACAGAUUUAUACAGCUUCUGUCUUUGUGAUUUUUAAUAGGGGCAACUUUCAUUAUCAAAAUUGUUGAUUUUCCAGGUGCUAUGAAUCAUUCUUGCAGAAGUGGUAGGUGAUUUAUUAUUACAAUUAUUUAUACCAUCGCGUAAAUCCGAACGGACUAUAUGUUCAAUCAAUCAGCAAGAGAAAAGUUUAUUGUUUACGUUUUAUAGUUAGAUAUUGAUACCCGAGAUUUGAAAGGAUUGUUAUUUGGUUCGCUGAAUCAAGUCCAAAACCGUGUUUGAUACGUAUCCGUCGGUUAGAUCGACGAACGAGGUUGUAAUAAAAGAAACAAUGAAACGUGAACGGCUCAUAGCAUUGGUGUAAAAGGGGAAACAUUUCAGCAAAUAUUUACGAUACCUGAUCGAAGCGCAAAUACAGUUGAUUCAUCUAAUUGUGUAUGUGUGUGUAUGUAUGUAAACGAGAUGGAGGGAAUUGUAACAUAAAAUAACAGGAAUAAACGAUAAGUGUAUUUCUCCCCAAAAAACGAAAGCAAACAUAAAUCAAAAAUACACGUAACGCAAACAUGCCCGAAUGGUAAUUGACUAACAGAAAUAGGUUCAUUUUUGCAUCGAUCAUUUCUAUACCACCUUGACGCUUAAAUGAUGGGUAAACACCUGUUUAAAAGUACGGUAGUACUAAAAGUACCAAAGGAAUUUGGUAGCGUGUGGCGAAAACAGUGUCCAGACCUAAGCAAACACGAGAAAAGGCCAUACACGAACUAUAGAUGGAUUACAUUAUAAUAAACAGAGAAACCAACAGUUGCAUAAAACACAGAAAAACAUCAAAAUCAACCAACAAACAAAACAGAAGUAUUCAAAAUGAUGCGCGAUUCAUUAUUGGAAGGAAAACGUCACAUACUCAACUGAAAAUUGGUUUGUGAGUCAUGUUUUGAUUUAAGGUUUUUACAUAAACUGUGGUAUAAAAGAAGGACGAAAGGAAGUGUGCUAAAAGAAUAACACGAUAGCAAAAUACAAAAAUCAAAUGAAAAAGUCGUAAAAGCAUGUGUGACGAACGGACGUUGUAAAGAUAAGAGUUUAAUAAAAAACUAUUAAAUACAAACAAA